UUUUUUUUUUUUUUUUUUUUUUUUUUUUUAGUAGAAGAAAACUCCUUUUUUAAAUUUUGUUUGAUAAUGCCUUCAAGAGAAUCACAGCUAAAAUAUGUCAAAACUGCUUCCCAUCCCAGAAAGCACAAAAGCCAGCAGCCGGAUCUGUUGGCCACAGCUCUGGGAGUGAAACUAAACUCUCAAAAGACUUCUGCAACCUUCUGGCAACCACUGAAACUCUUUGCUUAUUCACAGUUAACAUCACUCGUGAGAAGAGCAACGUUGAAGGAAAAUGAACAGGUUCCCAAGUACGAAAAAGUCCACAAUUUUAAGGUGCACACCUUCAGAGGUCCUCACUGGUGUGAAUACUGUGCCAACUUCAUGUGGGGACUGAUCGCUCAGGGAGUAAAAUGUGCAGAUUGUGGUUUAAAUGUUCACAAACAGUGCUCUAAGAUGGUUCCUAACGACUGCAAGCCGGACUUGAAACACGUCAAGAAAGUUUACAGCUGUGACCUCACCACCUUAGUUAAAGCACACAACACGAAGAGGCCGAUGGUAGUGGACAUGUGU